AUGACGGCCGCCGCGGGUUCGGCGGGCCGCGCCGCGGUGCCCUUCCUGCUGUGUGCGCUGCUGGCGCCCGGCGGCGCGUACGUGCUCGACGACUCCGACGGGCUGGGCCGGGAGUUCGACGGCAUCGGCGCGGUCAGCGGCGGCGGGGCAACCUCCCGACUUCUAGUAAAUUACCCAGAGCCCUAUCGUUCUCAGAUAUUGGAUUAUCUCUUUAAGCCGAAUUUUGGUGCCUCUUUGCAUAUUCUAAAAGUGGAAAUAGGUGGUGAUGGGCAGACAACAGAUGGCACUGAGCCCUCCCACAUGCACUAUGCACUAGAUGAGAAUUAUUUUCGAGGAUAUGAGUGGUGGUUAAUGAAGGAAGCUAAGAAGAGGAAUCCCAAUAUUACACUCAUUGGGUUGCCAUGGUCAUUCCCUGGAUGGCUGGGAAAAGGUUUUGACUGGCCUUAUGUCAAUCUUCAGCUGACUGCCUAUUAUGUCGUGACCUGGAUUGUGGGUGCCAAGCGUUAUCAUGAUUUGGACAUUGAUUAUAUUGGAAUUUGGAAUGAGAGGUCAUAUAAUGCCAAUUACAUUAAGAUAUUAAGAAAAAUGCUGAACUCUCAAGGUCUCCAGCGAGUGAAAAUCAUAGCAAGUGAUAAUCUCUGGGAGUCCAUCUCUGCAGCCAUGCUACUUGAUGCUGAACUCUUCAAGGUGGUUGAUGUUAUAGGGGCUCAUUAUCCUGGAACCCAUUCAGUAAAAGAUGCAAGGUUGACUGGGAAGAAGCUUUGGUCUUCUGAAGACUUUAGCACUUUAAAUAGUGACACGGGUGCAGGCUGCUGGGGUCGCAUUUUAAAUCAGAAUUAUGUCAAUGGCUAUAUGACUUCCACAAUCGCAUGGAAUUUAGUGGCUAGUUACUAUGAACAGUUGCCUUAUGGGAGAUGCGGGUUGAUGACAGCCCAGGAGCCAUGGAGUGGUCACUACGUGGUAGAAUCUCCUGUCUGGGUGUCAGCUCAUACCACUCAGUUUACUCAACCUGGCUGGUAUUACCUGAAGACAGUUGGCCAUUUAGAGAAAGGAGGAAGCUAUGUAGCUCUGACUGAUGGCUUAGGGAACCUCACCAUCAUCAUUGAAACCAUGAGUCAUAAACAUUCUAAGUGCAUACGGCCAUUUCUUCCUUAUUUCAAUGUGUCACAACAAUUUGCUACCUUUGUUCUUAAGGGAUCUUUUAGUGAAAUACCAGAGCUACAGGUGUGGUAUACCAAACUUGGAAAAACAUCUGAAAGAUUUCUUUUUAAGCAGCUGGAUUCUCUAUGGCUCCUCGACAGCAAUGGCAGUUUCACACUGAAACUGCAAGAAGAUGAACUGUUCACACUCACCACUCUUACCACUGGUCGCAAAGGCAGCUACCUGCCUCCUCCAAAAUCCCAGCGCUUCCCAAGUACCUAUAAGGAUGAUUUCAAUGUUGAUUACCCAUUUUUUAGUGAAGCUCCAAACUUUGCUGAUCAAACUGGUGUAUUUGAAUAUUUUACAAAUAUGGAAGACCCUGGUGAGCAUCACUUCACGCUACGCCAAGUUCUCAACCAGAGACCCAUUACGUGGGCUGCCGAUGCAUCCAACACAAUCAGUAUUAUAGGAGACUACAACUGGACGAAUCUGACUAUAAAAUGUGAUGUUUACAUAGAGACCCCUGACACAGGAGGUGUGUUCAUUGCAGGAAGAGUAAAUAAAGGUGGUAUUUUGAUUAGAAGUGCCAGAGGAAUUUUCUUCUGGAUUUUUGCAAAUGGAUCUUACAGGGUUACAGGGGAUUUAGCUGGAUGGAUUAUAUAUGCUUUAGGACAUGUUGAAGUUACAGCAAAAACAUGGUAUACACUCACAUUAACUAUUAAGGGUCGUUUUGCCUCUGGCAUGCUGAAUGACAAGUCUCUGUGGACAGACAUCCCUGUGAAUUUUCCGAAGAAUGGCUGGGCUGCAAUUGGAACUCACUCCUUUGAAUUUGCACAGUUUGACAACUUUCAUGUGGAAGCCACACGCUAAUACUUACAGGGCAUCAUAGAAUACUCUGGAUUUUCUUCCCUUCUUUUUGGUUUUGGUUCAGAGCCAAUUCUUGUUUCAUUGGAACAGUAUAUGAGCCUUUCGAGGCUAAAAAUAAUGAAGAGUAAAUGGGGAGAGAAAUUUAUUUUUAAUUUAUCCUGGAAGAUUUUGUUAGAAUUAAUUCCAAGGGGAAAACUGGUGAAUCUUUAACAUUACCUGGUAUGUUCAAACUGUGCAUUGGCCCUACCCUUAGGAUUGGUUUGAGUAGUACAGACCUCGAAGCCUUGCUGCUAACACUAAGGUAGCUCUCUUCAUCUUACUUGCAAGCGGUCCUGCACAUGGCAGUAACUUGAUCAUCAUGGAGAUGUAUUUAUGCAUGCUGACCGUGUGUCCAAAUGAGCCAGUGUCUUCAGCACAAGAUGAUGCUGCCAUAAUAGAAAGCUGAAGAACACUGGAAGUAGCUUUUUGAAAACCACUUCAACCUGUUAUGUUUUAUGCUCUAAAAAGUAUUUUUUUAAAUUUUCCUUUUUAAGAUAAUACUUUUGAAAUGCAGGAUAUGAUGAGUGGAAUGAUUGAAAAAAAUGCCUCUUUAAUAAACUACCUCAGCCGGGCGCGGUGGCUCAAGCCUGUAAUCCCAGCACUUUGGGAGGCCGAGACGGGCGGAUCACGAGGUCAGGAGAUCGAGACCAUCCUGGCUAACAUGGUGAAACUCCGUCUCUACUAAAAAAUACAAAAAACUAGCCAGGCGAAGUGGCAGGCGCCUGUGGUCCCAGCUACUCGGGAGGCUGAGGCAGGAGAAUGGCGUGAACCCGGGAGGCGGAGCUUGCAGUGAGCUGAGAUCCGGCCACUGCACUCCAGCCUGGGCGACAGAGCCAGACUCAGUCUCAAAAAAAAAAAAAAUUAAAAAAAAAAAAAAAAAAAAAAUAAAUAAAUAAACUACCUCUAACACUACUUCUGCAGUAAUAGAUAUUAUCAGAUUAAUUGGGUUAUUUGCAUUAUUUAAUUCUUUUGAUUCCAAGUUUUGGUCUUGUAACCACUAUAACUCUCUGUGAACAUUUUUCCAGGUGGCUGGAAGAAGGAAGAAAACCUGAUCUAGCCAAUGCUGUUGUAGGCAUUUCCUCUGCCUCAUCUCACUGUGCUGUGGUCUGUCCUCACAUGUGGCACUGGUAACAGACUCACACAGCUGAUGAAUGAUUUCUCUCCUUAUGUGUGGAAGGAGGGGAGCACUUAGCCGUUUGCUAACUCCCAGAAUUGGAUCAUCUCCUAAGAUGUACUUACUUUUUAAAGUCCAAAUAUGUUUAUAUUUAAAUAUAUGUGAGCAUGUUUAUCAUGUAGUAUGAUUUAUACUAAGCAUUAAUGUGGCUCUAAGUAGCAAAUCCGUUAUUCAUGUGGGUAAAGUAAAUCUAGAAUUAUUUGUAAGAAUUACUCAUUGAACUAAUUCUACUCUUUAGGAAUUUGUAAGAGUCUAACAUAGGCUUAGCUACAGUGAAGUUUUACAUUGCUUUUGAAGACAAGAAGCUAAGUACUAGAAUAAAUAAGGUUACAGAGAACAUUUUUCAGUUAAAACCAAGUGAUUUCCAGCUGAUAUAUCUAAUAUUUUAAAAACUAACAUUAUAGAGUCAUAAUUGAUUUACAAUAAAAUGUUCCUACUUUAAGUAUACAAUUCAGUGAGUUUUGAUAAAUGGAUAUACCCAUGUAACCAACACUCCAGUCAAGUUUCAGAAUAUUUCCAUCACCCUCUAGAAAGUUCUCUUGUAUACCUGCUCAGUCAGUUCCUUUCACUCCCAAUUGUUGGCAGUCAUUGAUACGAAUUCUAUCACUAUAGGUUAGUUUUCUUUGUUCUAGAACAUCAUGAAAGUGGCAUCAUGUACUAUGUAUUCUUAUGAAUGGUUUCUUUCUGUCAGCAUAAUGAUUUGAGAUUUGUCCUCAUGUUGUGUGAUUCAGUGGUUUAUUCCUUCUUAUUUCUGAAGAGUUUUCACACAUUGUGUGAAUAUACCACAAUUUGUUUCCUCCCCACCAGUUUCUGCUAUUACAAUUAAAACUGUCCACAUUUACAAUCUUUGUGUCAAAUAUAUUUCUAUUU